GGGAGGGGACUCAGGCAGACGAGAAGACGAGAAAACGAGAAACGCGGCGAGAGCAACAGAGGUAAAGACGUUUUUCCGAGGGAGACAAAGAUACGCUCUCAUAUAAAUGCUCCAUCCUGUAACGAGGGAAUAAUAACCGCAGCAAGAGAGGGGGGGACGACGCAAAGAAGAUGGAUGUACAGACAGACAACAUGGACCCCCCUCCUUGUGAGUCAAGUGGGAAAAUUCGCAAAGGAUUCAAGCUGUUUGGAAAACGCAAGCCUGGUAGCAUCUUUUCUAUGAAAAACAACAAAUCACCUGUUAUCAGGAGCCAAACCCACGAUGGAUUACCAGAAGGUGCUUCACCUGAUUCUGAGUCGGAAGCAGACAAGGAGAAGGCGCAGGGGGUGAGUCAAGGAGACGGCGAGCAUACAGAGGAGGAGCUGACGGACGAGAUGGCUGCUGCCCGCAACUCCAUCUCUUCAACCGGCUCGGCCAAGUCCCUCAGUUUUUUUUCUCGACUGAAAGGGGCUCGUAGAGGAGGCGGAGACCGCAAGGUCCACACAAUUUCCCAGCCAGUGCGUCCACAACGGCAAGGGCUGAAGAGUCUUUUUGACAGCGUGAAGUUCCGCUCGAAAGACAAGGAGGACAAAGUGGACGCUCCCCUAAGCCCACUGCUCAUGUCGUCCCGAUCUAACAGUGUGGAAAUUAUCAAAGAGGACCUCAGUCUCACCCCUAAAUCUCACCCUCGUUCCCUUGAGAGCCCUGAGAAAGUGAGCAGUGAGGCCACUCAGAGCUCUCCGACAGCAGCAGGUGAUAUGAAGGAUGGAAAGGUGGCACCUGAAAGUAGCCUGGGCUCCUUGUUGGAGGACAUUUCCUCUCUCCUCACCUUUGAGUCCAUCUCCGGAGGAGACAUCAUGGCCGGUGUGCAGGCGGAAUGGGGAAAAGUCAAAUGUGCCACAAGUUCGGAAGCACCUGAGGUUUUAGCAUCGACCACUUUUCACCUCUCUAGACUAACUUCCGCCACGCCAACAACCUCCACUUUUUCGCCUGUAGCCACCCCUCCAAUCAUGAGCACUUUUACCAAACCCUCCACAUUUACCACUCAGUCGGUCAAACCAAGCUCAGACUCUGCUCUAACCUUUGAGCAACCUUGUAUUGGAAUUACAAUCAAAUCUGCUAACAUUAAACCUUCAUUUACUCUAGUGACAUCAACAACUCCUCCAAAAGUGUUCACCCCUUCAGUCACAAUGACUGCUACUACUACCACUUUCAAUAACCAGGCCUCUAUGAACAAGACACGUCUUAACUCAACUGAUGGCCAACUGGCUUCAUUAGACACUGCAGCACAUCCAUGUUCAACCCUCACCUCAGUAAGUAAGCCUGUCCCUGAAGCUACCCCUCCUCUUUUCACAUCUGUCAAACCUGCAACCCCACAUCCAGCCUCCCCUUCCACCUUUAACCAACCUGCUAAUGAUUUUAACUUGCAAACUUCCAACUACACCAAACCUCAAAAUGUACUUGCAAAGGUUGAAUCCGCUUCAAAUACCAUACCUCCUUUCAUUUCCACCAUAACAACGGUUAUGCCAUCUGUGCCAAGCAUUUCUAUACCUGCACAGUCGGGGAUCCUUAAUAGGAACUCUAUCCCUCCAGAUUGUGCCCAACCUGAGACUAGCCCACCCAGGGCUGAACAGUCUCUUGCGUUUUUAGACACCACUAGUCAUGCAAAAGGGCAGAUUCCAGUCUCCCAAUCCAAAACUCCUUCUUUACCUGUGACUGUAUCAAAAGACCCUCCUGCUCCUGCAUAUAUACCAGUGUCUGGAUCUCCUUCAGUUGGUGUGCCAUCCUCAAUUUACGCCCCUUCCUCUGCCCAUGUUCCAGUUGCAGUGUCAAAAAGCCCCCACGCCCUUGAUAAUUUUACAAUUGCACUGUCAAAAGGCCCUCCUGCCCUGGCUCAUAUUCCUGUUCCAGUGUCAAAAAGCCCUCCUUUCCUGGAUAAUGUUCCAGUUCCAACGUCUAAAGGUCCUCCUGCUCCGGCUCAUGUGCCAGUUACACUAUCAAAAGGCCCUCCCACCCUGGUCCUUGCUCCGGAUCCAGUGUCAAAAAGCCCUCCUGCCCCGGCUGAUGUUCCUGUUCCAGUGUCCAAAAGCCCUCCUGCCCUACUGUCAGAAGGUCCUCCUUCUCUUGCUCAUGUGCCAGUUACACUAUCAAAAGGCCCUCCUACCCCGGCCCAUGUUCCAGGUCUAGUGUUAAAAUGCCCUCCUACCUUGACCAAUGUUCCAGUUACAUUCUCAGAUAGCCCUUCUGCCCUGACCCAUGAUUCAAAAAGCCGUCCUGUUUCCGCUCAGAUCCCAAUUUCUCCAACCAAAUCCUCCCCUUCCCCUGUCACUUCCCUUCCGACUUCCCCUGUGCCUUUGCCAAGUGAAGCUGCACCAUCUAACAAGAUGACGGCAAGCGAGGAGCCGACAAACGGGCAGUUGUCUAGCCCGGGUAGCACAGAUGCACAAAGUCCCAAAGUGGAAGAGCAGCUUAAUGGGUCACGCAUGGACCCCUCCAAAGAAAAGAGGACACAAGUAAGGGCAGUAAGCAAAAUCCCUGUAGUUGGUGGAGGCCGAACAGGAAAGCAAACAGUGCGAGACAGCCACCACGCUGAGGAUGAAUCAAGCAGGGACCCACCUACUCCUGUGUUCGAAGAGAACAGGCCUCUCUUGGGCUUCCACGAUACAGGAAGCAGAGACAAAGGUGUCAGUGUUGAGGUCCAUGUGCCAACCACUAAACACAGCCAGGAGCAGAGUCAGCUGCCUCACCAGUCCAAACAACCCGUCAGUUUACCGCGUGACUCCAGGAUCCCCAUCAAGCACGGCGCCUCACAAAUCCCACAAGCUAGAGAAUCACCUCGCACCAAGAUACCUGUCUCCAAGGUGCCGGUACGCAGGGUUGGGAAUAAACCGCCAUCUGCUGGUGGUACAAGAAAAUAAAAAUCAUCCUUGUGACAUCUCCCUCACUCCCCUUUAACUUCACAACUGUGUGUCGGUUUUUCAUCUACUGGUUUCACGAAGGAAAGACGCCAGCACUUGAGCACAAACAUCUGCACAAGCCUGACUGGCACUCAGGAACAUUGUGGAGCAGGAAAAGGAACAGGUUGGGUGCUUUUCCUACAGACUUUAAUUCAGUCUUUUCUACAGUAUUUUAACUUUUGUUACACAUGCUUUUUGUAGAGGACGUCAAACCCUUACUUCUUUCCUGGAGCACCCCUAUGUUGGUAUCCAGAGCAGCUCCAAAAAUAUACAUUCCACAACCUAUCUCUGAUGUAUGUAGCAGAAAAUGUGCCAUUUCGUUUGUUUUUGAGCUGGUCCCUAUGUACAUGCGCCCUUAUGUGUUUGCCUGCUCCUAUGUAACAUGGCUAGAUCACAAAGGGAGAGACUUUGAAGAGGGCAUGGAAGUGAUUCAGUCAGCUGCCAUUAUGAAUGGCUCAGUGGACAUUUGAAAAAAUGCCGAGAUGAGGCCUCUGGCUCGUGCAUGGACACAUAUCCUGAUCCCGCUUAUACUCAGAUGAUCUGUGUGCAUAGUCAUAACUAUGUAGUUUCCUAUUUAACCAAUAAAAUAUGUGUGCUUAGAAAGUGGACAACUCGUUUUAAUGCAAAUAUAAAGCAGGAUUUAUUAUGAAGUCGGAUUAUCCUUUCAGCUAAUUUAAUAUGGAAGAAUGACAUAAUGCUGUCAUUGAGAACGAAGGAAUAUUUUCACUGUUCAAAUCUCAACAUGGUUUCACUGUGACCUCCUCACGCUGCAAGCUCACUGACCUGAAUAGAAGGCACGUUCAUGUCAACUGCAACCUGGCCAAUCGGCUACGAGGGAGCACAAUUAUCAUACGUAGCUUAACACGAAAAGGGCGUGCUAAUUAGUGUCAUUGCCAUUUCAGGCGUGUACUGCAUCUCAGUCAAAGUGAUGCAAACAGGAUUACAUUGAUGAUGGAUUUUAAUAAAAUAAAAUGCAUUGUCAUUUUAUUUUUAUUUUUGGCGCUACCUAUGAUUUGUGCUCCAAAUGUUUUGGAAGAAAAACUAGCGUUUAUUACAGAUACCAUCAUAGGUUUAUAAUCAUUAGUCCAAUGGUUAAUGACUUAUGACUCGAGCAGCAAUUUCGUCUAAGAUAUUUUGCUUUAUGGCGGCCAUGUUUUUCAUCCAAACUUUCUCAAAUUUCACCGACAUGUGCUUGCCAGUCCCCUUAAGGCAGGGAUAUUCAGUGAAAUUGUUUGGGGGCCACAUGUCCAGAAAGCUAAGGACCAUGGGGCCGGAUUUCUCCCUUCACUAUUAGUCUUAUUGUGUAUAUUCCUGAGAACCAGUGUCCUCUUCAGUAGACAUUUCAUUUUGGUCUACCGUAUUUUUCGGACUAUAAGUCGCAGUUUUUGUCAUAGUUUGGGUGCGACUUAUACUCAGGAGCGACUUUUGUGUGAAAUUAUUAACACAUUACCGUAAAAUAUCAAAUAAUAUUAUUUAGCUCAUUCACGUAAGAGACUAGAUGUAUAAGAUUUCAUCGUAUUUAGCGAUUAGGAGUGACAGAUUGUUUGGUAAACGUAUAGCAUGUUCUAUAUGUUAUAGUUAUUUGAAUGACUCUUACCAUAAUAUGUUACAUUAACAUACCAGGCACGUUCUCAGUUGGUUAUUUAUGCGUCAUAUAACAUACACUUAUUCAGCCUGUUGUUCACUAUUCUUUAUUUAUUUUAAAUUGCCUUUCAAAUGUCUAUUCUUGGUGUUGGGUUUUAUCAAAUAAUUUUCCCAAAAAAUGCGACUUAUACUCCAGUGCGACUUAUAUAUGUUUUUUUCAUUCUUUAUUAUGCAUUUUCGGCCGGUGCGACUUAUACUCCGGAGCGACUUAUAGUCCGAAAAAUACGGUAUUUAUUUUGUUACAGUUACAGGAGCGCUCUGCUGUUUUUAAGGACCUACUAGCGUUUUUAAGAAUCUGCUGCAAAAAUGUUAGUCUCUCAAGUUUUUUUUAACUGAGCUCACAGGCCACCAGUUGAGUCGCCCAAAUAAUGAAAAAGAGAGGACCAAAAAUGGAAACUUGAGGAACACUAAUAUAACCAAAGAAGCUGAACAAAUGACUACUAACUGCAUUUGAAGAACAAGCUGCAGCAACACCUUAGUUGCGUAAAUCACAUUACUAAAAAAAAUUGUACCAGCCAAAAAGGAAAGGACUCAUUUAUGUAAAUCCCAAGUUUGCUAGCAAGGUUAAAAUGUCAAUGCAAGUAUCUUUGAUUGAUUGAUCGAAACUUUUAUUAGUAGGUUGCACAGUAUAGUACAUAUUCCGUACAAUUGACCACUAAAUGGUAACACCCGAAUAAGUUUUUCAACUUGUUUCAGUCGGGGUCCAAGUAAAUCAAUUCAUGGUAAUCUGCCAAUGUGUUUACUUUGUUCCAUAUUCCUCUUUACAACAGGAGCACUCUAAUGUUUUUAGGAAUUUGCUGCAAAAAUGUUUGUCUCCCUAGUUUUGAAAUGAACUCAGGGGCCGGUAUGGUUUCAUUUCCGGGGCAGGUUUGGCCCCAGGGCCACAAGUUGAAUACCCCUGCCUUGAGGUGUGUACCAGAUUGGGUUGCAAUUCGACUCAACACCCAAACGUGGUUGCAGUAGAGCAUGUUUUGACAAAUGUUUACCCUUUUGUGAGCACCAGUUCAGUAGAAUGUGUUUUACACACUGUAGAUGUCCUGUCACGUAAAAGACAUGUUUUUUCGUGGAGAAGUUAGGUGCUUUUUUUUUUAUUUCUUCUUUUCAUGAAGCUAUGGUGCACCAUACAGAUCAGUAAUGUGCAACACACGUUUGUUUGUAUUGCAAUAUUAAACAUGAGCUUAAAGAGCAUGUAGAAAUAAUGGCUGUUUUGGAAGCAAUCAUAAUUACAUUAUUCACUUGGGCCAUGAUCCUUUCCGCGGUUUGGAAUAGGAAACCCAUAUGAGAAGGUCCACUGAAUAGAGCCUUUUGUCCAUAUCACAUGAUAAUACCUCAUCAACACUUAAAAGUUAUUACUACAAAGAACUUUAUGGCAACAGAACACACUGAAGAGUUGGCAUUGCAUAAGCUUUCUUAGUCAAUA